AUGAGAUUGCUCUGGUAUCUACUCUUCCUAAUGAUGGUCAAGUCCUUGAGGAGUUUUAACGUUGACACUGGCAAGACAUGGAUCACACCACACACAGCCUCUUUGUUGUGGCCCACGAUUCUUCAGCACUCAGAUGGGAACACAACCAUGAUUUUGGCUACUUCCUCAGUAGACAAGGGGCUGGGCAGGCUGAGGAAAUGCACUGUUUUGCAGCAGGAAAUCCAGUGCCAGGAGAUACCUCUGCGAGGAAAGAUUAAAGGCUCCAAAAACAUCCAGGAUGGUGGCAUAGCUAUUGACAGGAAUUCAGAUUGGAUCCUGGCUUGCCUGCAGAAGAAGCACCGCCGAGCCUUCACCACUACCGAGGACAUGAACGGAGUCUGUACUCUGCUCACCACUGAAUUGCAGAGCACAACUUUCCUCAACCUCACCAAGAUAGUUGAGACCAGAUUAAACGGCAUUCAGAGUAUAAACAGCAAAGACAAGAGUACAGACACCAGCAGCUCUGUCAGCACAGACACCAGCAGUGCUUGUGGUGAGCUCUUUGGCAGUGCAGGGAACAAUCACAUGUGCAAAGAACUGGGAACAGAGAUUGCUGUCAUUCUGGGUGGAUCAGAGAACACCAAGCCAGAUGAUUUCCGAACCGCCAAGACCUCUAUCCUCAAUAUGAUGAAAUCAAUGUGGCAGAAAUGCUCAAAGAUCAGGUUUGCUGUGGUGCAGCGUGGAGCACAGAUCCAAACUGAACUGAGCCUGCAAGAAAGCUGCAGCCAAGUAACUGCUUUCUUCAAAGUCCGAAACAUCAAGCAGCAGAGCUCACCGACUGACAUUGCAGCUGCACUGCAGCACGUGUUGGAUAAAGUCUUUGAAAGCCAUGACUCCAGCCAGACUGGUGACAAAAUAAUCAUAGUCAUGGCAUCUGGGCAUGUGUUUCUGGAAAACCAUAGACUGAGAAAUGUGAUGAACUCGCUGGAAAUGGCUAUGGUCAAACUCUAUGCUCCUGAGAUUGGAGAGUUCAUAAGCAACCAGUGGGUCCCAGAAGAGCUGCAGAAAGUGAGAGGUGACUGGUUCAUGAUGUCCACAUAUGAAGAUUUUGACAGUUUCCUUUUGGACUUGGAGAGAGAGACUCUGAGUGAUUCAGCUGAAAAUAUUCCAACUGAAGCACCAGAGCACCGAAACACUAAUGACAGUGGUGACAGCAAGCUCCCUUCCUGGAUAGAGGAGGACAAAGAGGAGGAGGAGGAAGAUGGCUUGCCUUCUGGAAGAGAGAUUGCUUUUAUUCUGGAUGGAUCAGGGAGCAUUGAGCCAGAGGAUUUUGAAAGAGCAAAAGCAUUCAUCUACAAGAUGAUGAAAACACUGUAUGAGAAGUGCUUUGAGUGUGAUUUUGCAGUGGUACAGUACGGGUUGGAAAUCAGAACUGAGUUUGACCUGCGAGAGAGCUGGGAUCCUCCUACCACCCUCCAGAAAGUACUUGAUAUUGUGCAGGUGUGCAACGUGACAAAAACAGCAUCUGCCAUGCAGCAUGUCCUGGAUUCUAUCUUCAAUGAAAGCCACGGGUCCCGCAAGGAUGCAGCCAAGGUCAUGAUUGUGCUUACAGAUGGGGAAAUACUCCUGGAUGAAAUGAACUUGACAACAGUGAUAAAUUCACCCAAAAUGGCAGGAAUCGAGCGCUAUGCCAUUGGGGUGGGAGAUGCCUUCAAAAAACCAAAGGCCCUAAAUGAAUUGCGGCUAAUUGCAUCUGGUCCAGGUGACACUAAUGUAUUCCAGGUGACCAAUUAUUCUGCAUUAGAUGGGCUGCUUUCAACCCUGCAGCAGAGCAUUAUUGGUAUAGAAGGUACACAGGGUGAUGCUCUGGAAUAUCAGCUUGCACAGGCUGGUUUCAAUGUGCAGAUCUUGGAUAAGCGAGUCUUAAUGUUUGGUGCAGUGGGGGCCUUUGACUGGUCUGGUGGAAUUCUGCUGUAUGACCUGGCAACCAAGACAGCUGUUUUCCUGAAUGAAUCUAAAGAGGAAGCCAAAAAUGCAAAAUACAGUUACCUAGGGUACAGUGUGGCAGUGGUACACACAGAAUAUGGACGCCUGUAUGUGGCUGGAGCUCCACGGCACAGCAUGAGAGGGAAGGUGUUGGUGUUUCAGGACGGCCACUUAAAACAAACCCUGCAAGGAGAACAGGUUGGAUCUUAUUUUGGAUCUGAGCUCUGCCCACUUGAUGUGAACCGUGAUGGGCUGACAGAUCUUCUCCUUGUUGGAGCUCCAUUUUAUCACAUUCGAGGGGAAGAAGGAAGGGUUUACGUCUAUCGCCUGGAGACAGAGACUGGCUCAUUCACCUUGCAAGGACACUUAAAUGUGCAGGUGACCUCUCCUUUUGCAAGGUUUGGGUUUACAGUGGCCAGCAUUGGAGACAUCAAUGGGGAUGGAUAUGAGGAUAUUGCAGUUGGAGCCCCCCUUGAAGAUAAACCUUCAAACAGUUCCUCUUUUGGCAGCAUUUACAUCUUUAACGGUGAUAAAAACGAGAUCAAGAGCUCUUUUUCUCAAAGAGUAAAAGCCUCUGAAAUUUCUUCAGGACUGCAGUAUUUUGGACGAUCCAUUGAUGGUGGCUUUGAUGUCACUAAUGAUGGCCUCCAAGAUCUUACAGUAGGAUCCCUGCAGAACAUAGUUGUGCUCCGUUCAAGACCAGUUGUCCACUUUCUCACCAGCAUGAGCUUCAACCCUGAGAGAAUCCUAAUUCUCCAAAAUAACAGCAUUGUAACAGCAACACUAUGUUUUGAUACAGUCUCUGCUUUACCAGUGUCUCAACAAGUGUUUUCACAGUUAUACAUUCUCUACACGGUGGACUUAGAUGUGAAAAUGGCAAAGAGGAGGAUGCAGUUUGAAGAUCAGAACACCACGGCAAGUGGAGAGCUGUUGGUCAGCAAGCACAUGUGCUCUGAGCUGCAGCUUUACGUGCUGCCAUGUGACUUUGACUGUUUCUCCAGUGUUUUUCUGAGAGUUAAACACGAGCUCUAUAAGAAAAAUGAUAACAUGGAGUUUGCUGUUCCUAUGCUAGACAGAUACAAGCCAUCAGAAAUGCAUUUUCAGUUGCCUUACAAGAAGGACUGCAACAACAAGACCAUCUGUACUGCUCACUUAACUUUGACAAGUCAGAUUCAAAAGGAAUUAGUGGUGGGCCACACUAAAGAAGUGACCAUGAAUGUUUCACUAACAAACAGUGGAGAUGACUCGUACAUGACAACUAUGGUCUUGAACUAUCCUAAAAACCUACAUUUUAAGAAGGUGACUGUUGAGCCAUCCUCUCCUGCUAUUCACUGUGACCAACCAGUACCAUUAACUUCUCUAGACUUAGCCUGUAACUGCAGAAUUGGGCAUCCAGUAUUCAAGAGGACAACUGCAAACUUUUCAGUGAUUUGGCAAUUAGAUGAAAGCAUAUUCCAAAAUAAAUCUGCAAUCACCAUUAAUAUCACCAACAUAAAUGAAAAUAGCACCAGUCUGACUGAAGAACACGUCCUUGAUGUCAGAUAUGCAUUCACUGCGUUCCUUACCAAACCAGUUCCUUUAAUGUACAUUAAUGUUAGCGAAGGACUUCUUGAAAACAAAGAAUUCAAAUUUAAUAUAAAUGGAGAAAAUCGCUUUAACGCUACCGUCGAGUUACAGAUUUGGGUUCCUGUCAGCACACAAGGUCACAACAUAAUAACGGUCAAAAAUGCAUCAGGAACACAGGUUUCUUAG